AUGAGCAUAAGUGGGACGUAUGGUGAAGAGGUCCUUUGUUCGUCUCCAAUAGGGUCCAUUAUAGAUGUAUCACGAGAUCAUAUUAGUGAAGAUGAGCAUCAAGAUGACCAUGAUGAUGGCAAAAUUGAUACAAAACAUUCAAUACUUUUCAAAGAAAGUGACUUCAAUAUUUAUAGUUAUAAUCCAAUAUUAACACAAGAUUUGGUUUUCAAAGAUGAUAUACCCAAACCCAAGUCAAAAGAAAGUACAGUUACAAAUUCAAAUAAUGAUAUAAUAAAUCUAAGUUCUGAUUAUUCUAAAAUUAUAGAUCAAGAAAGUUCUGAAAUACAAGAAGUAUCUCAAAAAGAAUAUAAAAAUUCACAAAAAUUAAAAUAUGAAAGUAUAAAAUCUUCACAAAUUGAUUUUAAUGGAUUGGAUGAAAAUGAAUAUAAUGAUGAACUUAAUGAUCAAGAAUUAAGAUCAAAUCAAACUCCAAUAACUUCUCCUACAAAAUCAUAUGGAUACAUACAAUCAUCUUCUCCUAUAAUAACUCAACAUGAAACUCAACCAACAUCAUCACAACCAUUACCUUUAAUACCUCAAAAUGAUCAUGAAUUUUCAUUAGCUCCAAGUGCUCAAUUAACAAGUUUUAGAAUGCAAUCACCUAAAAAGAUUUUAUCAAAUAAAACAACACCUACGAGGAAAAGAACAAUGUUAUUACCACAAGAAUCUUUCAAUAUUCCUCAUUUAUUAUCACCAACUAAAUCAUCACCUUUAAGGACACAAGUAACAGAUUCAAUGGAAACUCAAAGUUUAUAUUGUACAGCAAGACAAACAGAAAGUUCACCAAUGAAAAAUUCUAAAGAUGAAGAAUUUGAAAAACGUACAACAAAAGUUAGAUUCAAAGGUUUAGCCAAGGCAAAAUCAUCAUCACCUUUUAAUAAUUAUCAAACUAAAAUCAUUCCCACAAAGAGAGAUACUUUUGAAAUUCCAGAUUCUUCAGAUGACGAGGAUCAAGAUAUUUCAAUUAUUGAGAUUACAAGAACUAUUAAAAAACCUAAGAAAAGUAUAUUACAAGUUCCAUCAAGUCCUGGUGCUUUUUCAAGUCCGUCAAGGAUAAAUUCAAUCUUGGAUCAAGAUCAAGAUCAUAAUCAAAGUCCAAUUAAAGAAGAUGAUAGUAUACCGAAUACAAUCCCUAAUAGUUUACAAUCACAAUCACAAGUAUUAAACUCUACAUUAGAAGAAUUACCAACUGAAGAAUUGAAAAGAAAAAUCAUUCAAUAUGGUCUUAAACCUGCCAAAUCAAGAUUAAAAAUGAUUAAAUCAAUUCAAGAAAUUGAUGUUUUCCUAGGUAAAGAUUCCCUUGAGGCUUUAUCACAAUCUCAAAAUAUAACAAAUUCACAAAAUAUAGUUAAAUCUGAAAUUUUUAAAAUCAUAGAUGAAACUAUAUUAACUAAUACAAAAUUACAUGAAAAAAUUUAUACAUUUGAACCUAUACCAUAUAAAGAAUUGAAUGAAUUUUUAGAUGAACAAGGUGUGAUUAUUAACUAUGAUAUGCUGAAAGAAUGGUGUGAUUUUAAUAGCAUUUGUCUGAUUGAAGAGGAUAAAGACAAGGACAAGGAGAAAGUGAAUUAA